GUGAGGAGAAUUUACUGGCAAUACUGAAAAGGCGAUGGUGGAAGUACAUGAUUCUGGGAUUGAUAGACAUCGAGGCUAACUACCUGGUUAUCAAAGCCUACCAAUACACCACACUAACCAGCGUACAGGUGAGUCUGUUUUCAUUUAUCACGUGACCCAUAGGUGUGCGUGUAUGUGCGCAGGGGUGCAUGGGUGCAUGUGUAGGUACAAGCCUGUCCCUAGACGUUCCCUUGACUGGCCACUGAACAGGCAUAAGACAGUAAUACAGCAGUGACCUUUGUUGAGUCUACAUAAUAAGAUGGCUAAUUAAAGGUACACUGGCUGACUCUCAUCCCAUGUGUCAGUUCAUCUUCAUUCAAAUGUGCUUAGUGCCAAAGGAGCCUUACUCAGAUCCACUCAGAUCCUCUCCAUUUCCUCUAGUCUCACCUGAAUCUGGCAUUUUCCUCCACUCCUCCAGAGCCCAGGUAGGACUCAGGAUCAAUUCCAGGGGCCCCGUGGCUGCAGAGAUUUGGGGAAACAGAUGGUGUGGAGUGUGUCGGUAUCCCCUCUCUAGUAAUAAAUCAGGCCCCUAAACUCUCUCCUCUCAGUGUAGUCAGUUAGGGCUGAACAGGAACAGACGGUACCAUUAACACUCCACUAGCUAAUCAGGACACUUCUAGUUCCUCCAACAUACAGGCCUCUCACACUCAGAGAGAAUUAGAGAGGAGAAAUUAGAUCAGUGCCAACUGCAAAGUUGUGAUAAACAAAGUUGUGAUAAUGGGUAUAGAUAGCACUUGUGGUGUACAUGCUGUACUGCAACCAUAUUAGUUGAGUAGUUUCACAGUAGUCUAUACAGCUUGUUGCAGUGUCAUUUUCAUUCGUCAAGUGUAUGAUAGCCUGAGAAUAUGAGGUAUCAACAACAAUCGGAAGAAAUAUAUCAAUUCCCUCUUCAGAUCAUAAUGGAGAUUUGUCGUUUUCCAUUUGCAAGUAGGGAGGGAACCAUGUAAAUGUGCCUACUGUCGGCUCGUGGGCCUCUGCCUCUACUCAGCCAGACAGAAAACAGAUGGAGUGUCAGGGUAUAUAUCCGUCAGAUAACGCUCAGCUCACAUCAUCCCCCGGCCGCCACUCGAGACUGUUCCGCCUCACCGUUAUUUCAGGAAGUGGAAUCGAUGACCGGCACGGCACCGCUGUCUCACGGCAGAGAGAGAUAAUCCAUGGCCUGGGCCUGAGUCCUGCUCUGGGCUGAAGCAGGGGGAGUGGGAGUGUCAGGGCCAGUGGGGUGGAGGGCUGACUGUUCUGUUGAAAUAAAGUAGGGGAAGUGUAAAAGGUACCAGAAUCCCCUCAUUCCCCUGUGGUCUGGCCCUGUGACAGACAGACAGACAGACCCCAUUCCCCUGUGGUCUGGCCCUGUGACUGACAGACAGACCUCAUUCCCCUGUGGUCUGGCCCUGUGACUGACAGACAGACCUCGUUCCCCUGUGGUCUGGCCCUGUGACUGACAGACAGACAGACCUCAUUCCCCUGUCGUCUGGCCCUGUGACAGACAGACAGACCUCAUUCCCAUUCCCCUGUGGUCUGGCCCUGUGACAGACAGACAGACAUACCUCAUUCCCCUGUGGUCUGGCCCUGUGACAGACAGACAUACCUCAUUCCCCUGUGGUCUGGCCCUGUGACAGAAAUACAGACAGACCUCAUUCCCCUGUGGUCUGGCCCUGUGACAGACAGACAGACCUCAUUCCCCUGUGGUCUGGCCCUGUGACAGACAGACAGACAGACAGACAGACAGACAGACAGACAGACAGACAGACACACACACAGGCAGACAGACAGGCUGGAUGACGCAGUGACGAGUUGAUCAGUACCUCCAUGCCCUGCUGACCCAGAGUCAGCCCAACGCACUGAUGUGACAAGCACACAAGUGGCCUGCAGCUACUGUUUACACAGCGAUGGAUCUAUCUACAUGGUGUGACUGUCACUGAGUGACUAGGUCGGGCGGUGACGAGAGUGAUAGGGUGACUCUCUUCAACAUUGCUGAGACAGAGAUAUUUGAGAGUAGCAUUGUACAGCAGCAGCUCUCUCUCCAAAGUAAACCCAGCCUGAGCAUAUGGCGAGGUGAUUAAACAUUCAGAGGAAGGGGUGCUCAUUGAAUCACAGUAAAUAUUGACUCAGUAAACAGCUAUAACUCAAACUGGGACUCCUCAGUAAUUUCUGAAAAUAAAUUGAUAUUUCUCGAGGUCUGCUGUGCAAGUUUGUAUGAUAUUUAGAGAGCAGCUCAGGUCAAGUGAACUCAAAUGAAGUAAGUUUGGUUGUUAGUUGGAGACUUGAUCAAUGGACUCUCUCACUCUAAGGCCAAGUCAUAUUCUCCUCUUGUUCCUCUGUGCAGGGGAUGUUGCUAUUUAGUUGAAUUGGCUUUCACUGACUGAUUCCUUUGGGAGGGUGGAGGAGAGAAAUAGGCUACCAAUUCUCAACAGUUUUAUGUAAACUAUAACGAGGUUAGACAAUGCCUCAUCAAUAUUAAUAUGCAGGCAUGAAGAGAACUGGGCAUAAGAUUUGUUUUACAUUUUAGUCAUUUUAGCAGACGCUCUUAUCCAGUUAGUGAGCGCAUACAUUUAUUUUUUAUUUUUCAUACUGGCCCCCCAUGGGAAUCGAACCCACAACCCUGGCGUUGCAAGCGCCAUGCUCUACCAACUGAGCUACACAGGGCUCAAUUGGUGCUAUAAAAUACUUUCCAAUUAAGGGGAAAUUAUUAGUUGUUAUGAAUGGUCAUGGUGUCUGGCUGGGCACAUCCGGGGAAAGCUCCUCUUCAUCAACUCGUUACAACAGGCAGCUACAGAUGUAGGAUCUUUAUUUGAGCCAGUUUGCUACAGCAGGAAAAGAAUCCUGCAGCAACAGGAAAUGUGAAUUAUUAUGUGGGCAAAUCAAGUAUGACAUUUCCAAGUGGAAAUUAAAAAGCCUUUUUAAACCUCAAAUACACUACGUUUGCAUUUCCUGCUAGCCAAAAGAGUGAUCAAAUUAAGAUCCUACAUCUGAAUGGACAUUAUCUCAAUUGCUACAUUUUACAUUUUAGUCAUUUAGCAAAGUUGUGAUAAUGGGUAUAGAUAGCACUUGUGGGUGUGCUACUCACAGUCCUCCAUUUCAAGAUAUGCAGGUAGCCAGCCGCGAUCCUGGGGACAAACCACUGUAAAACGAAGGAAUUAGUUGAAGAUUUAUUCGGCAGAGUUAAGCAGAGUCUUAUUAGGACUGAAUAAAUCGAAUAAUUCUUUCUCCUCACUUGGCUAAACCUCAUAGGACCUGUGAUAAUUGUAUUGGUUUCAUUAGUUUGCUGGUAUGUCAGGUCUAUUAUUUUGCCAGUAAUUCACUGUAAAUGUUGUCAUCUUAAUGCCAGAGCUGUUCCCCAGAUAGCACUGAGAGAACAGGUGAGAGUGAACACAGAACUCAACCUCAAUCACUCACUCACUUUCAGGGUUAUCGUUACUCCACACUGUUUAUUUAUUUAUCUUGCUCCACUUCCCUCUUUCUCUCUCUCUUAUAAUAUAAUAAUAAUAUGCCAUUUAGCAGACGCUUUUAUCCAAAGCGACUUACAGUCAUGCGUGCAUAAGUUUUUUUUUUUUUUUGUGUAUGGGUGGUCCCGGGGAUCGAACCCACUACCUUGGCGUUACAAGCGCCGUGCUCUACCAGCUGAGCUACAGAGGACCACCUCUUGCUCUCUCUCUCUCUCUUGCUCCUUUUCCUCUCUUCCUUCUCCCCUCUCUUUCAUUAUUUUUCUCUCUCCUUCUCUCUGUGAUUUUCCCUCUCGUUCCCUCCCUCCUCUUUCUCUCUCUCCACUCUCUCUCGCUCAAGGGCACGCUACACUACAGUAACAGACAGGUUUAUAUAACCAAGCGGUGAAAAAGCCUUCCAUUAGGCAGAAACACACUGGCCUGAUGAGAGAGGAGAGAGUGAGACAUACUGGGCUGUCGUUUACACAUCGAUAAAACCACACAUUAUUAUGCCAGGGUUGUCUUAGGUGUCAGAACAUUCAUUGCAUACAUCGAUGUUGUGAGCUGCCAGGAGAGCCACUGUGAGCAGUAAUGGGGGGCCAUUUUGCUGUCCUGCAGUUAGCCCCUCAUUCUCCUGUGCACUACCUUUCCCAGAGGGUGAGCCCAUAGUGCUACCACUAAGUGCCAGAGAGGCUUCCCGGAAUGGAGGCCUGAUGGUCCCCUAGGCGAUCAUAAACCUUCCUCUCCUCCCUCCCGCAUGGCCCCUUCUCCUCCCUGACACGCCACCCUCCAUCACCCCUAAUUCGCCAUUUUCAUUCUCUCUCAUCACCAUUAGUGUUGGACUGUCCUCUGACCUCGUCCUCUAUAGUACCGUGUGUCCCCGCUGUCCUAUGUGUCACCCCAGGACUGUGGUGGGUGCUGUGAUACCAUCUCUGGUAUCUAGGUGUGUCUUUUGUCUAUGUGGUGUACAGUAUCUUAGAACUCCAUUUCAACUAUUUUCUCUGUGUGUCUCUAUGAACUAGAGUUCAGUGUGUCCGUUCUAACCCUGUAUCUCUCCGCUCUGUCUGUCAGCUCUUAGACUGUUUCACCAUCCCUGUGGUGCUGCUGCUGUCCUGGUUCUUCCUGCUGGUGAGGUACAAGGCCGUGCACUUUGUGGGCGUCGGGGUGUGUCUGCUGGGCAUUGGCUUAAUGGUGGGGACAGACGUCCUGGUGGGAAGACAACAGGGCCUAGGUAACACACACACACAUACACACACAAACACACACACACACACACAGAAUACCCUUACUUCCCCAUGGGUCAUUAACACAGUGUUAUUGAAUUAUCUGAAUUCCUACAUUAAUUGAGCUUUUACAAAGACUCAAAUGUGUACAGCUCUGACUCAUUGAAGAGCUUUAGCUUUAAACAUAUUUUGAUUGCUAUUGUGGAGUCUGCUGUGUCCUUCACACAAACACCCUCAUCUCCUCCAACACACAGACAGUGUUCUCACUGUGCAGUUCACCAUCACGGUCUCAUUGUGUUCACACCUCACAGUACCUUCAGUAAUAACCGAGUCAGAUCCCCGGUGUUAGUCCCUGGUGUGGUUUGCCUUACACAUCCAUGGACAGCCUCCCCCUCUCACUAUUGCAUUAAGUACCCCUUGAUUUCCCCAGCUCAACAAGAUUUAGAUAGAUAUAUUGCAUUUUGGUUCGAUAUGAAUAAUAAAUGUUACGAUCCAAAUCAUAUUACGUGUUCUGGAUCCGAAGAGUUUAGAGUUUCGUUGAAAACACACGGCUGUAGUUGUGUUUCUGUCUCAUGAUUGACAGAAUAGUUACAUUAUAGUGAGAUUAUUUUAAAAUCUUCAAGCAUGUGCUAAGCAUCUGUAAGAUCUUUGUUUGAUUGGGUACAGUUUAUACAUACCUUACUGAAACCCAUUGCAGCAUACAGUAUGCACUAAGCAUGUAGGAAUAAAGGAACAAUGCAAUUGUUUGGUGUCAGGUUCCAAUCAAUAAUGCCUAUUUGUCUUACCAGCUACACAAUAAUGUUGCUUAAAAUGGUGAAAAUAGUUAUUUUAAACACAGUAAAGUGAACAGUAAGAAGAUUAAUUAAUCAAUGAAACUCUUUCUUCUGUUAAAAUGUAAAAAUCCUAAAUUUACUCAAUAUAUUAACUCAAGCCCAGUUGCUUUCUGUACCUCUUAAACACCAAAUGUCUUUCACUGCCUCAUUGUCAUAUAUAUUUUUUCUCAUAGGAUAGCCACUUAGUCUGAUAUUACUGGUGAGGGUUUCAUAGGAUAAUCUAUUUGUCAUGGAUAACUAAUGGCUCUUUCAUACAGUAAGUCGCUCUGGAUAAGAGCGUCUGCUAAAUGACGUAAAUUUAAAUGUAAAUGUAUGACAGGAUAUUGGAACAUUGUGCUCUUCUAAUCCCCCCCCCCCUCUCUCUCUCUCUCUCUCUCUCUCUCUCUCUCUCUCUCUCUCUCUCUCUCUCUCUCUCUCUCUCUCUCUCUCUCUCUCUCUCUCUCUCUCUCUCUCUCUCUCUCUCUCUCUCUCUCUCUCUCUCUCUCUCUCACUCUCUAUAGGGGACCAUAAGCUCCUGGGGGACCUGCUGGUGCUGGGAGGGGCCACGCUGUACGGCAUCUCUAAUGUGUGUGAGGAGUUCAUCGUUAAGAACAUGAGUAGGGUGGAGUUCCUGGGUAUGAUGGGACUGUUUGGCUCCUUCUUCAGCGGCAUUCAACUGUGAGUGUUUGUGUGUGUGUCAGACCUGGGUUAAAAUUUAUAUUGGAAAUGAUUUCAAAUACUUAAGCUGUGCUUCAUUGAGCUUGUCUGGCUAAAUAGAACCAAUAGAAUAGUCCCAUAAUGGCACACCCAGCCAAUCAGGCACUCCAGGCAGGCUAAAGCAAAUAAUAUUUGAACUCAGGUCUGGUGUGUCCAGCCUCAUCUAUACUAUACUGAAGACAGUAUCCCUUUCUACCAACACCACAAGAGCAGCCAGUUGGAACUGAGAACUGUGAUGCUACAUUAUGUUUGCUCCAACACACUAACAUAUACAGCACAUUAGCCAGCUGGAAACCUAAAGUGAACCUCGUUUAUACGUUAUGUGGCAUUUGCCAGCUGAUACAGCCAUUGGUGCCAGCUAAUUACAGUAUAUCUCAAAAGACAUGCCCCAUAUUUAACAUUUACACCCACCAGCAUGCUCUAUAGUAUUCAGCCUUUCUCUCUCCAGAUCAGAUGAUGGCUUCGCUAGCAGCCCCAUGCAGUCAUAUUAUCUACUUUUCUUUCUACAGCGCUUCUAGUGCCAUUAAGAAGGACAUUGGCAAAUUACAGUUGGCCCAGAACAGAGCAGCAUGGCUAGCCCUUAAAUGUACAUGGAAGGCUAAUAUCAGUAACAUGCAUGUCAAUCUCUCCUGGCUCAAACUAGAGGAGAGAUUGACUGCAUCACUACUUGUCUUUGUGAGAGGUAUUGACAUGUUGAAAGCACAAAACUGUCUGUUCAAACAGCUAACACUCAGCUCAGACACCCAUACAUACCCCACAAGACAUGCCACCAGGGGUCUCUUCACAGUCCCUAAGUCCAAAACAGACUCUGGGAAACGCACAGUACUACAUAGGGCCAUGACUACAUGGAACUCUCUUCCAAACCAAGUAACUCAAGCGAGCUGUAAAAUCAGAUAAAAAACAAACAGAUAAAACAUACAUACACUCUAAUACACAAACUCUACCCAGACAACAUAAUAAAUACUGUACUGAAGAAAAAUAUAAACGCAACGUGAAGUAUUGGUCCUAUGUUUCAUGAACUGAAAUAAAAGAUCCCAGAAAUGUUCUGUACGCGCAAAAAGCUUAUUUCUCUCAAAUUUUGUGCACAAAUGUGUUUGCAUCCCUGUUAGUGAGCAUUUCUCCUUUGCCAAGAUUGAAGCCAUUGAAGAGGAGUGGGACAACGUUCCACAGGCCACAAGCCUGAUUAACUCCAUGCGAAGGAGAUGUCGCGCUGCAAUGGUGGUCACACCAGAUACUCACCUGUUUUCUGAUCCACGCCCUUACCUUUCUUUAAAGGUGUCUGUGACCAACAGAUGCAUAUCUGUAUUCCCAGUCAUGUGAAAUUCAUAGAUUAGGGCCUAAUGAAUUUAUUUCAAUUGACUGAUUUCCUAAUAUAAACUGUAACUCAAUAAAAUCUUUGAAAUUGUUGCAUGUUGCGUUUAUAUUUUUGUUCAGUUUGACUACUUUUUAAUGAGCUCAUUCUGAGGCUUAAAGAGGAAUGAUAAAAUACCCUAGUUAUGAGACAUCGCCUGUCUUCCCUCCACGUAUUUAUCCACUUGUUAUGUAUGAAAUUAUCCCGACCGGGGAAGACAGUGGGAGCGUGGGGACCUGUCUCUGUUUCUGUCUCUCGCUGAUGUUAAUUUUAAACACGGGAGCACCAGACGAGACCGUAACCUUGGUAACACGUCAGCACCGCCUUGUCAAUGAUGCUUUUCACAGAGAUGUCACAAAGUGAGACCUGGGUGGAUUGUUUUCCAUUCCUCUUGUCUGGAACGGAGGGGGGGUGAUGGAGGGAAAAUGGUCUACCAUGUUGUUUCUAUUGUUAGUGCCCCUCUGGAGUCAGAGGAUUCCAUCAAUAGAAUUCCCAGGAUCUAUUCUGUAGGGUCAGAGAGUUAAACCCCCCCUCGCUCUGCUUGGAUUGAUUUGUCACUGACUCAUCAGAACCACAGGUGCUCAGCUGUCAAAACCGAGCUUUUCUGUCAAGAGACUUGCUUAUGAUCCUCCUGUCUUACUUUCCUCCCUCCAACAGUCACUCUGUUGUAUUCCCUAUCUCACAAAGCUCACCUCUGGCUGACGGGAAUAGUUUUUUUCUUUCUGUUCCAGGGCCAUCAUGGAACACAAGGAGUUGUUAAGGGUGCCCUGGGACUGGCAGAUAGGUAAGCUACUGUUACUGGGAUUUACAUGCUGCUCUCUCUCACACCGUUGGUUAGCAGCCCGUGUUUGUGUGUGUGUGUGUGUGUGGGGGGGGGGGGGGGGGGGGAUCGGCAGGAAGGCAGCGGGUGAUACAGGGAUGAUUAAACAAUGGCAGAGUGGGAAUUGAUUGCCCUGUCUAGCAGAGAUGCCCUCCCACACCUCCUCCUCCCCUCCCCUGCUGUGUCAGAUCCUGCUCACACAAUCAGUUAGGCUGUAAGGGGUGUCACUGGAAGAUCACUCUGCAAAUGAAGUAGGGGGGGCGAGGAGAUGGGGCCCUGAGCUAAGAUGGAUGGGCCGUCGCUGUAUAGUCAAAAUGUACAUGCCGGCUAAGGGAUGGUGUCAACUUUUACGAACAUUUUGUUGUGCCGCAUGAAUUACAGGUAGGAGAUGAAGGUGUCCUCUAACUGAUAUAUGGAUGCACUUUAUUUGCUUAAAACAAGGACGGUUCACUUAAUAUUUCAUUUGCAACAAACAAGCCAGAGAGGGUGCUACAUUACAGUAUGUAGUAGCCCAUUAAGGUGACUGAUUUUCAAUUAACUGGUCACUGAAUAUUUCAAAAACGAUCAAGACAGCAUGAUAUAUAGUAGCCCAUGAAGAUGCCCGAUUUUCAUUUACACUGAUACAGGAGCCCAAUUUGUGACGUGCAAUUCGCCGCUCUCCAAAGCCAAAGCAAGUGACUAGGUCCUUAAUCCACUUGGAUUUACCCACUUUCUUUUGAUUGAGCAAGCGAGGACGUGUGGUGCCAAUAGUGGGGUUUGGGUAGCGUCCCAGGAGAUUCUGGCUUGUCACAGGCAUUAGCCAGUCUGCGGUGGCUUGAGGGGCACGCCAUUAUCUGUCACUGCCAUGGCGAGCAACACAGCGGGCGCCAGAAGGAGGGAUCUCCUCAGCCAAGAUUGCUUUGCCCUAGAAAAAUAAUGAGGACUUGGUCAUGUAAAAUGUAGGAUUGUGAGCGUCCUCCAAAGACUUAGUGGGAUCAAUUGUUGUUUCUUCCAUCCUCAAGUUUACCACAGUUGUGUGUUUUUUUCUACUCUUAAUAACCAGUUAUUGAUCAUAGGAAAGCCAAAAACAAAGGCAGAAAAUAGUUCAAAGAUGCUCUUCGGGUGGUAGUCAUUAACUCUCAUACAAAUAUACAGUAGUUCAUCCUUCCUAAUAACAGGGAUUUGAAUAUUCAUGGCAUUCAGAUGUGUUUCUAAAAGCAGAGUCUCAUACUACUACACCAUUAAAACUUAGCCCAGAGAUACACUUCAACUUAGUUAAGGAAAGCAGGUGCCGGCCAUAUUGCUCUCUGGUAUGCUGCCAGACAAAGUAAACAAGGCAUUUGAAUAACUCAUGAGGCCUUCUGUUCAGCUAUUCCACCAACUACCAACAGCGCCUGGAGAAAACCAUGUGAGCCUGUGAGGAAGUCAAGUCAAAUCAAACUUACAGGGUUAGGAAGUCUCUGUGCUUGGCCUUACAGAAAAUGGCAUAUAUCUUUUUGAGUGGAUCGGAAUAAAAAUAAUGCUGAAUACAGUGAGAAUUCCUGGUCUUCAAUGGAGACCUUUGUUUUGGUAAAAAUAGUCUUAUCCUGUUACAUGCAGUAGCUUGGGACGGUCAUGAAUUCAUGCACUAAACCAGAGCAUGCAGAUUAGGACUAGUAAUCUUCACAGCAUUUAAACAGUGUUUAAAUGUAUCCAAUGCCCACCUGAUCAGUAGUCAGCUGUCCUUCAGUACUUUCUCUCUACAGAUAAACAAGUGGAUAUUUUUGUUGUCUCUCCUGAGGACAAAUCUCCUGAUAUGUAAUGACUCUAUGACAAUGAAAAGCGAUUGAAUAGGAUCCUGAUUUAUUUUAGUGGAAUGAGGUAGUUGGAAAUGACAUUUGCAGCAAAGGCCUGAGAGCAGAAUCUGACAGAUAAAUGCUAUUUACGUUUAGUUUUGAGACAAAUUACCGUUGCCUGUCUGUGUUGUCAUUUCAUCUGAGGCAGUAAAAGUUGUCUUUCAAAAAGCCGAUCCUGAAACUAGAUGAGAAUGUAAUUAUAUUUCAACACUAAAUCCUAUUACCGUGUUUCUGCAGGACAAAAGAUUAUCAGAAUGUCCUUCGUCCGCUAUAUGACCACCUUCUCUCUGAUAUGUCGGUCAUUGUGUCGACAUCUUCUGUCUCAGAUGCCCACUUCUUCCUUAAUGUCUGUCGUUUCACUGUUAUUGACCUUCACAGUGACCUGACAUAUAUAUUUAACGGUAUUCUCCUUCCCCUUUAAAAAAGUAUAUAUGUUUUUGGUGAAAGAUUGGUAAAUGAGGAAAUGCUGACAUGACUAAAUUCCCAUUUAUAUCAGUUUGUAAUCUUGGUUAAAACAGCAGUAAAAUCUUGCGUAAUUUGGUCAGCUGCGUGAUUAACUUCUGUGUCUAUACGUGUUAGGAAAUGAGAGUUCCGGCAAAAACAAAGUCUCCACCCUCGCAAAAGGAAACUCUUAGCCAAACCCCCCAAAACUGAACAAAUGCUGCUCGUUACCGCGCGCAGCCCAUUCAAUCCCGACAGAUUCUUCGGUCUACAAGCAGAAUCUGCCCACGAGAGAUUAAUCCGUUUGGUAUGCAGGAAGAAUGUCACAGGAUCCAACAAAAUGUUAGAUAAUUGGACAAAUCACUGCACGGGUAAUAUGGAAAUGGGGAAGAUGAAUGGGGACGAUGAGCCCCUCUCUACUCUGUCAUAAAGGUCCUUCUGUCCUUGCAUGAUCACAAGGAGAAAACACUUCUAUGCAACCCUUGAUAGACAGACAGGUGAAUGAUAUCUAGCUGGCUAGUUGGUAUUCUAGAGAGCACUGUGCAGUUAAUUAUUAUAGUCCAGUCUCUGUCCCUGCGGCUCUGUCACUCAUCAUGUUCUGUGUGUCUGUGUGUGUGUGGCCUUCCCCAGGGUUGCUCUACAUCGGCUUCAGUGCCUGCAUGUUUGGCCUGUACAGCUUCAUGCCCGUGGUUAUCAAAAGGAGCAGCGCCGCGUCGGUCAACCUCUCUCUGCUGACCGCUGACCUCUAUAGUCUGUUCUGUGGCCUCUUACUGUUCCAGUACAAGGUGAGUGCUACACACACGCGCACACACACACCUUUUCCACAAGCCUCCAGCAUCCAUUCUCCUGUGCAGAUAAUCAUCUCUUACUGCUGCAGCUCUGAUAAAAUGAGAUUUAGGUGAAGCAGAGUUUACUGUGAGAGAAUGUUAAGUAAGCCUUCUCUCUUUUAAUUGUGUAGUAGAACAAAUAGAAAUGAUUUGCCCUCAAAGUAUUUCAUCUAUCAUAAUUAUUCAGAUUGUAAGGGAUUGUGCAUCGCUAUUAUCUUAGACAAUCCUAUUCCACAUAUUGCCUUCGGUUUUUCGCCAAUCGUUUGGACAUUUUCUUGGUUUGCUUUUUCUCUCCGUGCUGUGAGCUAGUGAUCGAUCACAGCUUUCACGCUGCACUGAAAGGCUAUUCAGUUCAUCAGAGAGGACCAGCGUGUAUUUCUGCAGAGCAUCGAUGUCAUUUGGGAAGAUGAAAAGGAGGACGAUGAGAGUCAG